UGUAAGAACCCCUCCCAAUAAUGCACACAAAAAUAGGUUCACUCCCAAGUCCCAACACCCUAAGCUCCAAAGCAUAUAAACCCAAUCCACACGGUUCCUUCACACCAAAACAAGCUAAGAAGUAAGCAAAGCAAAACACAAACCCCUUCUCCACCAACCUCACAACCACCACCAUGGGAGUGAGCAACAAAAUCACGGCAGUCCUCAACUUCACGGCGCUCCUCUGCUCCAUCCCCAUAAUGGCCGCCGGCAUCUGGCUGGCCAACAAGCCCGACAACGAGUGCAUCCGCUCUUUCCGGUGGCCAAUUUUCGUCCUCGGCGUCCUCAUCCUCCUAGUCUCCCUCGCCGGCUUCAUCGGGGCCUACUUCAACAAACAGGGCCUUCUUGCUCUCUACCUCUUCUGUAUGGCCGCCCUCAUAAUCCUCCUACUUGUUGUGCUUAUAUUUGCUUUUACUGUCACGAGGCCCGACGGAAGCUACGGCGUUCCGGGUAGGGCUUACCGGGAGUACCGGCUGGACGGGUUUUCUAAGUGGCUUAGGGAUUACGUUACUGAUUCCGGGAACUGGCAGAAGAUAAGGGUCUGUUUGGCUGAAUCGGAUGCUUGUCCUAACCUCACUCAGAAUUACAUCACUGCUGAUCAGUUCUUUGUGGCUCACAUCUCUCCUCUUCAGUCAGGAUGCUGUAAACCUCCAACAGCUUGUGGCUACAACUAUGUGAACCCAAAUCUGUGGAUAAACCCAGUAAACCCUUCAGCAGAUCCAGAUUGUUUGCUGUGGAACAAUGACCAGAACAUACUUUGCUACAAUUGCAACUCUUGCAGGGCUGGUUUACUAGGAAACUUGAGAAAAGAAUGGAGAAGAGCCAAUGUGAUCCUCAUCGUGGCGGUGGUGAUUCUCAUCUGGGUCUAUGUCAUUGCCUGCAGCGCCUUCAAGAAUGCGCAAACGGAGGAGCUCUUCCGCCGUUACAAGCAGGGAUGGGUGUGACGUCAGCCAUGUUGCCAGACACAGCCCAAGUCCGAGGUCACUAGGUCCUAUCUAAGGGCCUCAUCCUUUUGGUGUGUAAUGUCUCUGUUAUCAAUUGCGUUCUGUACAUAUUCCUGUUUUUUAUUUAUUUUUUAUCUAGGAAUUGGAUGGAUAUAUAGACAGAAAGUGGAACUCUGAAAACAGAAUCUCAUUCCUCAGCUUUUUUCUGCUAUUAGAUGCUUCUGCUUCA